UGGAAGAUCGAAGAUUGCACCAGAAAGGAAGCCAACAGGCCGAGAAGGUCAUGGACGAGGACGUCGUCAAGGUGAUCAAAGCCAGCGACGACGAAGGGCCACGCAAGAAGGCCCCGAGCGAAGAGGCGCCAAAAGCGACGGCGCCGGAGGCCCGGCGCAAGUCGAUGAUCCCGAAGCGCGGGCCUCCGGGCGCGACAGCAUCGCCCAGCACGUCCGGCAAGGAAGAUGGGCCAAAGCCGUGGAAGAAACCGCCUACAAAAGGCGCCGCCACAAGCUCUGCAACGAUAUCCGGGAAGGAAGACGGUCCGAAGCCCUGGAAGAAGAAGGCCGCAGCCGAGGCUCCUGUCUUGUCCGAGGCCGACGAUGUGGUCGUCGUUUCCAAGAAGCCGGCAGCAAAAGCUGCUACAACAGAGACGCCUGCAGCCUCGGGCAAAGAAGAUGAUCCGAAACCAUGGAAGAAGAAGCCUACAGGAGCACCGGCCGACGCCGAGGCCGACGAUGUUGUGGUCAUGGCGAAGAAGCCUGCAACCAAGGCUGCUACGACCGAGUCUCCUGUGGCCUCGGGCAAGGACGAUGGCGCGAAACCUUGGAAGAAGCCUGGUGCCAAGGCGGCAACGACGGACGCUUCUCCAAUGUCCGAGACGGACGACGUCGUUCAAGUGGCCAAGAAGCCCAAUGCCAAGCCAGCGACCACCGACUCGCCGGCAACGUCUGGCAAAGAAGACGGAAAGCAACCGUCGAAAAAGCCCCCCGCCAAGAAGCUUGCGUCAGAGCCACCGACUGCCAAUGCCGACGCCCCGAACGACCAGAGUAGUGCCUCCAAGACCACACGUGCCGACAUUGGCGACGUGUCGGUGCUGGAGCCGAAGAAGAAACCUCCAGCUAGUGAGACACAGGCAACUGUCGAGUCCAGCGUUGUUGCCCCAGAGACCAAGCUACCGAAAGAAGGCGCACAAACCACCGAGGUGUCAACCGUGGUAGCAUCAGCGCGCACAAAGUCGGCACGAAGCAUCAACGAGAAUUCCAAGAGCAAAGCCAGCACUGGAGACAGCGCGGCGCUAGUGCAAGGGUCCAUUCCUCCGAGUACGUCACAUCCCGAGGCGGCAUCAACCGCAGCACCGACGAGCCCCGAGCCAGGUGCUGAUGUGAAGGAUACAACGGCGCCAACCACAACGCCUGUGACCACCGCAAUGGCCGCGCCGGCGUCACCAAAGAAGUCACCGUCGAGAAAGAAAAAGAUGGCUGCAUCGCCAGCCAAAUCCAAGGCGUCCCCUUCCAAAAAGCAGGCCGAACCAACGCGCGAGGACGCCCCGAAACGCCGCCCCCCGCGAAAGGCGGCGCCGCGACCCCCGCCGUCCAACGGGUCGAGCACCGACGAUGGCGACGGUCAACUGCGACAGCCGAUUCCAAAGCCGUUUCGGGUGCCCCGCGCCAAGCGCAAAAGUGGCUCUGAGCUCUGGCUCGAGCGUGAAAAAGCGUUCGAGCACUUUCGGUCGGGAAACAUCGUCAUGCCCGUGCCGGAAGGGCCGCUUGCGCCGACGCGCGUGAGCAAAACAUCAGCGUACUGCAUCGACUUGCACUUGGUCAAGAACUGGCCGCUCACUGAGAAGCUCGAGCAAGCGAGGCUCGAGUACGGGCUUCAAGUGACGUUCUUUCACGCGGUGACGCGGCGCUUCUUUGGCAACACGUGGCGCAGUCCCGAGAUGCCCGCCCAUGCAGUCGCAGACGUGCACUUUCAAAUGAGCGUGUGCUUUCUCACCGACGUCGUCGACCCCAACUGCGUUGCAAUCGUCGAGCUCAUUGCGCACGAGAAGAGCACGAGCUCGGCCUCGCUCACGGCCACAUCCCACGGCUGCGGCUGGUGCAUCCUCCCGCUCUUUGGCCAAAAGAUGCUACCAGCGACGACUGAGGCGCAGUCGGUCAACGUCUUUAUGGGGAGUCCACGCUACCUGUGGGUCGUCGCACAGGCCGAGUGGCAGGGACAGCCCAAAGUACCGGGUGGGAAAUUGCUGUACCAUAUUCGACCGUACGACCCGCUGCUAAAGGCAUAUGCGCUGGUGCGAAAGAACGAAAUGAUCUCGGGCAUUGACCGCGUUCCGGGCUUGAAAGACUUGUCGCUUGUGGGCAUUUUGCCGUCGAAAUUAGACCUCUCGCGGGUCAAGCUUCCGCGCGAGAUCUGCACGGCCGAGGAGUUUGCCGUCACCGUCGCCACGUCCAGUGUCUUCGUGCAUUUACGCGAAGACCUCGAGCGCAACCUCAUUGCGCGCCUCGCCAAGACGCGGCGCGCCUUGUAUCCCAUCGUGGAGAGCAUGGACGGCCAAGUCACGUCCCGCGUGCUCAAGGUCGCGCUGCACAACGGCCGGUGCUUUCGCACGCGCCAGCACACGGUGGCCCUCAAGGCCGAGAAUGGGUCGAAUACGCUCUCGGCGGUGCAGCACAAUGUCAAGCUCAAGGGCUACACGCUGAGCUCAUUGGUGGCGAUCGUGCUUCUGCUCCAGUUCACGGUACAAUUCCGCCUCGUGUGGCCCAAGAACGCCAAGCCCAAGACCGAGAAGGAGCCGCUCCCAACCGAAGACGUGGUCGUGGUGACCAUGGGCGCCCGGGCAAUUGUACCAAGCGACGGGAAGAAGUUUUACUACCACGACAAGAGCACACCAACGCUGCAAGAGAGCACAAAUCAAGCCGACGAUGCCAUGCUCCACAUUGAGCUCAGGAGCGGAACGUACGCGCGGCCGUACUCGGACAACGUCUUGUACACGUCGCCAGCGUGGACCAACAGCGUCAAAGAAGGCAAGUUGGAAGAGACUUUUGCGUCCGUGGACGUCGAAGUGCUUGUCGAAGGCGCUUCAUUGAGCUCGUCGGACGAAGAGGCCAACGAGGACGCAGAGAACGAGGUGGAGAAGCCCGAUACGUGGGCCGACGAUCUUCGAGACAAGGCGGCGCGGGAUGCGACGCUCUCGCAAGCACUUCAAUCGACCAUGAACCCGACGCCAAAGACCGCCCGACCGCAGUACGACCAACACGUAGGCGUUGAGCCACACUUGACGACGAUCGUGUCGGAUGAUGUGGCACCCGCGCACGAGCUCAGUCGCGCGUCCAAAGCUCUUUUAACGCGCCAUGGUAUGUACGACGACCGUGCACCGAAUUCGCUGCACGCUACGCCGGUGCGGUCGCCCAAGCUCACAACGUCGAUCGCCGACGAGCUCGCCGACAAUCUCAAUUUGCUCGAGAUUCAGUUUCAGUUUGCAGCCUUUCGCCCGGCUGCGGAUCGUACCGUGCCCAUGUCAGUCCACUUUGUGUUUCAGUUUUAUACGUUUGAACCGACUAAAACCGACCGGCUCGUGCUCACGGCGACACACAGCGCGGCCACGUACCUCCUCUGUCGCCAGGACGGCGCCAAAACCAAGCCGGCCCAAGCGCUCGCGUUCGAAGUGCACACCACGCGGCACUCGAUGCUCGAGCCAAGGGCGUUUGCCGAGUACCUCCAGCGCAAAUCGCUCCUUGUCGACGUCUACGACGGUGACAGUCUCCUCCCACUCGGUGCGAUCGCGAUUCCUCUCCACACGCUGUUGCGACAAGGUCAAAAGGUCAAGAAGCACCAUGCCGAGUACCCGGUGCAGACGCUACCCACCGACGAGUGUGUCGUCAAAGCCACGAUUGGGUCUGUGCAAGUGCUCAUGAGUAACUUUGCAUCGGCGUCGGCGCCGUGCCCGCGCAACCUCGUCGCCCCCAACGCUGCCGAGAGCGAUGUCAACUGGCGACUUUCCGCUGGUGCCCCACGCGACAAUGUACCGGGAGAGCCGCGCCACCGAGUCCGCGCGAGGCCGCUUGCCGACUCGAACCAAGAACUGCGCGACCUUCUCAUCAAGGAGCAAUUUUAUGCACCGACGGGUAGCCACACCGCGUCGUCGUCUCGUCGACCGGCAACGACCAGCGACGGUGCGUCGUUGACCCGCGACGAACUCGACUUGCUCUGUACCCGGUUUGCAACGCAGGCGACGCGGACCAACCGGCUCGACGCAAAUGCUCUGCUGGCACUCAUUUCGCUGCAGCCAUCGAUCAAGCCCCACUCGAACGCCACGCGUCGUGCUGACACGCAGCAGUUUCUCGACCAGCUCCGCGCGGUCUUCUUACAGGCCCAUGCCCAAGGCCUUCGCUUCAAGAGCAUGUUUGAAUUUCUAGAUGCGAACGGCGACGGUUUUGUGACGCCGGCCGAGUUUGUCAAGGGCCUUCGGCAGCUCGGACCGCUCUUUGCGUCGCUGCAACCUGCCGCGGUUGAAGCGUGUGUUGCAUACUUUGACACGAACGGCGACGGGCUCGUCAACUACAAGGAAUUCCUGGCGUUUGUGCACCAAGCGUGCUGCAUCGAUCUCCGGGACGAGCUUCGACAAGUGCUAUUGCGCGGCCUCGAGAAAGGCCUCGACGUCCCUUCGAUCUUUCGACAUUUGGAUACGUCGGGCGACGGCACGCUCUCGUACGUCGAGUUUGAGACGGCGCUCGCCCAGCUCAGCUUUCAAGUGUCGGACCGAGCAAUGUUUGAGUCGUUUUGCAAGCAGCUCGAUGCCGAUAGCGACGGGAGUAUCUCGUACAUGGAGUUUAUCACGUCCAUGGGGCUCGUCCUCCAAGCCCAAGACGCUCUAGUGUCCAUUCUACAGCAAAUUCUGCAGCGGACUGUGGCCAAAGACAUUGACAUUGGCGACCUCUUUCACCAUGUGGAUACAGACGGGUCAGGCGCGGUCUCGUACGACGAGCUCCGCGCGCUCAUCCAAGAAAUGGACGUCGAGACACAGCUGAGCGACGCGCUGCUCCAAGAACUGAUUGAGCGCAUUGAUAAAGACAAGAGCGGGUCGAUCGACGUGGCUGAGUUUAUGGCGUUUGUCGGCCUGGCGUACGACCCUGCGACCACAGUCCAGCGCCGCCUCGAGCGCAUCUUGACCAAAGCGGCGGCCGCCGGUGUCAGUGUCGCCGAUGCGUUCCGCCAAUUCGAUAACGACCACAGCGGCAGCGUGACACCGAAAGAGUUUCAAGCGGCUUUAGCAAGUCUCCAGUGCCCGAUCUCGGACGGUGAUCUCAAACGCGUCAUGCGCAAGCUCGAUGGCGACGGCGACGGGUCGGUCUCGUACAAGGAGCUGCUCUUCUUUUGCUUUGGCGACCAGUCGGCUGCGAUUGUGGCGUCGCCCAUUGAGACGCAGCUCAAGGUGCUCUUUGACGCGGCGGCGGCCAAGGGUAUGGACCUUCUGCAGUGCUUUGCGCAUUUCGACAAAGACGGCAGCAACCAAGUGUCAGCGUCCGAGUUUACGUCGGCGCUCCGAGAGUUGGGCUUUGGCGGACUCGAUGACGACGUCAUUGCCGCCAUCGUGACGCACUUGGACAAGGACGGCGACGGACAGAUUGCUUUGGACGAGUUUGUGGCGCUUGCGACACCGCGGACGCAGCAGACGAUGCGAGACAACAACCGACCGUACAUGCGGCUCAAGACGAUGUUGACCAAGGCGAUGGCCAGCGGCAUCGACGUCUGCGGCGCCUUUGCGCAUUUUGACACGGCGCACACGGGGGCUGUCUCGUAUGGGGACUUUGAGACGGCAUUGCGGCAGCUCGGCGGCGCACACACGUGGAGUGCGGUCGAUAUGCAAGACAUUCUGUCGCAUUUGGAUACCGACAAGUCGCAGACCAUUUCGCUUGACGAGUUUGGCGCGUUUCUCGGCAUCGCCAAGAGCGUGUCGCUCGAGAUGCGCUUUCGGGCCCUUCUUGCCAAAGCCACGGGCGAAGGCGUGCCCUUGGAGCAAUCGUUUGCUCAUUUCGAUACGGCGAGGCACGGCUUCCUAACACCCGCGGGCUUCCACGACGGUCUCGUGCGGCUCAACUUUAACGACGCGAGUAGCGACGAAGCCGGGCGGCUCUUUGCUGUCCUGAACGCAAGCCAAACGGGCGAGGUGACGUUGGCCGAGUUCAAAGCGUUUGUAGGAGGCGCGUCCGACGCGGGCCACGCCGUGAUCCCGCUGCCACCGAUGGAGAAGCUGCGCGAACUCUUUGGUCGAGCGAGCGCGAAAGGCGUCAACGUCCAACAUGCGUUUGCCCAUUUUGACAAGGACGGCAACGGCUCGAUAAGCCACGCGGAAUUCGACCAAGCGAUUGCCGAGCUCGGGUUUACAUCGCUGAGCGCGGUCGAUGUCGCCAGCAUCCGGGCCACCCUUGACAAGGACAAUAGCGGGUCCAUCUCGCUGGCCGAGUUCAAAGCUGUGUACCCGCCCGACGCUACGACAUCGGGCGUAGCGCAACCACCAACGACGAGCUUGUCGCCAUUGGACGCACUACAAGCGCUGUUGCGUAAGGCCCAAGCCCAAGGCGUCGACAUUGCGGCGUCCUUUGCUCACUUUGAUAAGGACGGCAAUGGGCAAAUCUCCCACGCAGAGUUUGACAGCGCCAUGACCGAGCUCGGGUUCAUAACGUUCACGGCGUCGGACCUCGCAGCCAUUCGAAGCCACUUGGACAAGGAUGGCAGCGGGUCGAUAUCGAUUGCAGAAUUCAAGUCGCUCUACGACACCGCGACAAAUACCGAGACAUCGUCGCCCUUGGCGAAACUGCAGACGCUACUGCGUCGCGCGCAAGCGCAAGGCGUCGAUGCGGCAACGUCCUUUGCUCACUUUGACAAGGACGGCGACGGUGGUAUUACGUACGCUGAAUUUGCGCCUGCGCUGCGGGAGCUCGGUUUUACCGAUCUGACAGCCAGUGAUAUGGACGAGCUGCAGAAGGCCCUCGACAAAGACGGGAGUGGCGUCAUCACCCUCGCCGAGUUUUCAAAGCUGUAUGCACCGACACCGCUCGACAACCUCAAAGCGCUUUUGGCCCGCGCGAGCGACCAAGGCAUUCCGAUGGACGAAGCCUUUGCUCACUUCGACGCGGACGGCGACGGCGUCCUCACAAGCGAAGAGUUUGCCGCAGGCCUCCAGAGCCUUGGCUUGGGUCCGCUAUCCGAUGGCGACAUCAAGGGCAUCCUUCUUGUGCUGGACAAGGACGGCAGCGGCAAGAUCGCGCUGAGUGAGUUUCGCGCCUUGUAUCCGGCCAAGACGUCGGCGCGAAAACCACUUAGCAAACCGUCGUCGGCGCGCCGUGUGACAGCAACGACUGAGCUUGCCGCGUUGCUGCAACCAGUGCAGACCAAGGCCAUCGAAGCGCUUCGUAAAGUGAACGCAGAAAGCGUACCGCAAGCGGCUUUUGAGGCGGCACUCUUGUCUCUGGGCGUCGACGGCGUCACGGCAGAGCUCGUAUCGGCGGCAGGAGCCCUGCUCGGGCCCUCGGGUGUCGUUGCGCUUGCGGAUUUCGGCGCACUGUUGGGUCUCGACGAUGGCUCCAAGACAUCGGCGCGAGCUGAUGCAUCUUUGCCAGCAACAUUGAACUCCAGUGUUGCCAAGUUUCGGCGCGGGAUCGAAGCGGCGACCGCCCGAGGCGUCGACAUCCGUCGCGUGCUUACAGCCUUGGACGUCGACAAUUCCGGGUCGCUCGCGUACGCGGAGCUCGACACGGGCCUUCUCGAGCUCGAGAUCAACGACAUGACCAACGACGACGUGAUGGCUCUUCGAGCGACGCUGGAUCCGUCUCAGUCAGGGCGCAUUGCACUCGCGGUACUCUGGAGCUCGGAAGCCACUGUGCAGCAGCAAGCCCCGGCCACGACCGCACGUGCGUCCUCACGGCCCUCCGCGCUUGGCAAACUGCAGCAGCUUUUGACAGCGGCGAAACAAGGUGACGGAAAAGUCGACAGCGUGUUUCAGCAGUUUACGGUCAUCGAUGGGUGCAUUGCCCUCGGCGACUUUGAGCUGGGGCUCGUCGAACUUGGCUUCAAUGACUUCGACGACGCCGAGAUGACUCAGAUUCGCACCGAGCUUGGUCGCGACGGCGUCGUGUCGUUACAGCGCCUCACCGAGCUCUCUGACCCAACGCCGACCGCCGACGCCAAGCCUGCGGUGGCUGCCCCCACAGCUGCAAGACCGAUCGACGCUAUCAAGCAACUGCUGAUGCAGGCCAAAGAAAGUGGCGUCAACAUCGACAACGCAUUUGCCGCCUACGACAAGGAAGGCAGCGGCGCAAUCUCGCGAGCGGACUUUGAUGCGGGCUUGCAAGCCCUUGCCCUCGCCGAUUUGGCUCCGGACGACGCACUGCUACUCGGCAAUCACUUGGAGUUGGACGGAAUUAUCUCACUCGUCGAGCUCAAGAAACUGUACACAAAGCCCCGCUUGGCUAAAGCACCGUCCACCGGCGACGCCAAGCGCAAACCGUGGCAAAAGCCGCCGCCCAAGACGGCCGCAACUGCGUCCGGCGGCAGCGAGGCCGCACCCGUGUCAACAGACGCUCCCGACGCCAAGCCCUCAAGAACGCCGGCAACAUCGGCGCGCACGCUGAAGACCAAAGCAUCGGCGAGAGAAAUGACCGUCAAGGGGACGCCUCCCGCCGUCGCAGCGCUCUCGGGCUUACUUCUGCGCGCUCAGGGAGAAGGCAUUGAUGUUAGCCAGGCGUUUAGUCACUUCGACAAGGACGGCAAUGGCAAGAUCACGCACACCGAGUUUGAUCAAGGCAUGGCAGCGCUAGGUAUGGACAAGCAGCUCAGUCCGGUGGAUAUUGUGGCGAUCCGUACGUGGCUCGACGCCGACGGCAGCGGUGCGAUUGCGCUGAGCGAGUUCCAAGCGCUUUACACCGCCACUGCAGAGCAAGCCAAGCCCACAGCGCGCUCGGAGGUCGUGUCCCCGACCACCGCCAAGCCGGAUGGUGCGCAGAGGAGCCAAACAAUUCCACGACUCAACUUGGCCAAGGCCAAGCCCGCGCUCGAGAAGCAGACGUCGGAUCCGGUUCUUGCAACGGCAAAGAAAGGUACGCCUGCGUCGAUAUCAUCCUCGGCGACGCGGCCCGCGCUGCAGCCAAAGCCUGCGGCCACACCGGCGUCGGUUCCGUCUCAACCAAAACGUACUCAAUGUGUUGACGCAACACCAACGCCCGGCCGGACACCGACGCCAGAGUCUUCGGCUAAACCGGUGACGACAGCGAAGAGCGCCUUGAAGCAGCCACCGGCAGCCGCGAAAUCGCAUAGCAACAACGAGUUGCCGCAUCCCACGGCUCAACCCACGACCAGCGUCGAGUACCGGUUCAGUCCCGAGCCCAACGUGCGCCUCGUGGAAAUGAAGCUGCGGAAAGCGGCGAUCGCGGCUGCGGCACGCGGUGUCCGUGCCCCGGCGCUCUUGACCAAGUACGCCGAAGGCAAAUCGGAUGAGAUCCUUCGCGUCCGGUUCGUCGAGUUUCUCAUGGAGCUCGGGCUCUCGCUUGUCGACGACCUCGGGUCGGCGGGAUAUGUGGCGGACGCGCCGUCGCUCAUGCACGACAAGGUGUACGCGCGGCAGCUUGAGCGUCUCCGCAUGUACAAGCGUCAGCAACAGCGGACGACGACCCGCGCGCAGCGGGAUUUGGUCGACGCCGCGUCAUUGGCCAACCACGGCCGUCAAAACGACGUCGCUUCCGGCCGUGCGACCGUCGACGCGUACUUGGCGCAGAAGCACAAGAUGCUGCAAAUCGUUCAGUUCUACCGCGACGGCCACAAGAAGGCGCUGAUCCAAGCGCUCUUGAAAGACCACGUGACGACGACCGUGCAUCUAUAUGCGAUGUUUGGCUCGAUGCUCUUCUUUGAACUCCCCGUGCGCAACCCGUACGGACACGCCGAGCGUUUCCGCAUCGAGUGGGCCGACGCCGAGCUCCAACUCGUGACGGACGCGGCCGAGUGGGCCUACUACCGGGACCACGUGCCCCGUGCUGUGGACAUUCCAAACGCGCCAACCACUCGUGUCGAGCGCGAUAUGGUCGACAGCCUCCACGAGCUGCUCCUGGAUGGCGGGGACUACGUUGCACUUCCCUUUCGGUUUCUAUCGCUCGCGCUGCGAACGCACGAGCGCACGAUCCCGAUCUCGAUCAAGAGCGUCGCCCACGGCCAUACGAUCGCCGUGAUCCAGCUGCACGUGCACCCCGCGCCCUUUGUCGUUCACCGCACAUAUCGGUUCCAGCACUUUUCGCUUGCAAUUUUGCGCCGCUGUCUCAAGUGGGUACCGCCACCGAGCAACGACGAGAAUGACAACAAUCAAGCCGAGUCGGGUGUGGAGAAGUUCGUCAUGUGCCCGGACGCCAACGUGAUUGUCGAGACGCGUCCGGUCGAGCGACCGUACGCCCCGCAAGAGAUUUACAUCAAGUACCGCGUUGGCGACUACCCGAGUCUCGGCGUCUUUUACUUGCUUUUGUACGACGACAUGUACCACGCACGCCUGCACGAGAUCUGGCGCAUCCACAUUCAGUCCAUGAUGCGACUCGACCUGCACGCGACCAUGGGCCAAGGAGUCCAGAACGAACUCAUCGUCAAAGGCGACGCGAUGCCCCGACGCGUCUCGUGCUUUAGUUCCCACCCCACCGAGCUCCAGUUUAAGCCGAGUGGCAUCUUUCAGCUCAUUCCGCAUGCGUUCAACCGCAUUGAAGUGCGCUUUGCGACCAUGCAAGUGUGUGCCAAGCAGAUUGUCGUCCACGUUGUUGACGUCGACAGCCGCGAUCUUGUGGGAGCGUGGCUUCUCAACACGACCGUGAGCGAGCCGAUUGUGACCAAGGUCUUUGACGUGACGCUUCCGACGGGCGUGCCUGUGCUCAAGAAAAUAUCGUAUCGGAAUCCGUGGGACGAAGAUCGGAGCUUUGUCUUGCGGAGCAACGACCCGAGCAUCAUGAAGCCGCGCGAGCCUCGGCUGCAGCUCCAAGGCAACGGUGACGGGUACCUUCGGCUGGCGUUUGCGCCGCACUCGCUCCCGUGCUCCAAGAAGGUCUACCUCUUCAUCAACGACCACCAAGACCAGAACGAAGAAUGUCUUCUCUUCCACCUCACAUGGUCCGACUCGGUCUCGAGUACCAUGUAAUAUCUGUUAUGUGAUUAGCACGUCACUGUACGAAUGACUCAAAUUGACUUCAUCUGUGAUCACA